GCAGGGACUCAAGACGCAAGACGAGCGAAGGCGAGUGCUUCUUCCCUUGCAAUCGGGACGAAGCUCGACAACAGGGGGAACUCGGUCUUGGGAUACUAGUAUCCCUGGACUGGUUCAACCCCAACACGAGCAAGUUCGCCCCUUCUCACUCCACGGGCCCACUGUCCGUCUGCAUCGCCAAUCUGCCUCCUGCCCUGCGGUUUCGCGUGCAGAACUUGUGCCUGAUUGGUAUACUUCCCGGGCCCAGGGAACCAAACAGUGAGCAGCUGCAUCGGUUCCUUCGACCCUUCGUGGAUGACCUCCUCCGCUUAUGGCAAGAUGGAACUGUGGUGUGCACACCACAGUAUCCACAAGGUGCGUCAAUAGGACACCGCACCUGCAUUACUGAAGCAAGUGCGGUGUCCUAGCAACAGACAUCGCACCUCCUUCAUUGAUGUAGCAGGCUGACCCCCUUCACACAGGACGCAAAGUCAGAGUCAUGGUGGUCGCCGUUGUUGGCGACCAUCUGGCACUCUGCAAGUUGUGUGGCUUUGCCAAUCACCGGCACAACAAGAGACCAUGUACCCAGUGCGAGAUCACCCGAGCCGACAUGCUUAGCCACGGGUGGAAUACAGGUGAUAUCCCGGCACGACAAGGGACAGAGCACACCAAGAUCGCAGCCAGAAUGCACCGGCUGGAGCUGCAGGGUGAUACCAGCAAGAUGGAGAAGCUGUUCAGCUCGACAGGCACCCGUUGGUCUGAAUUUUGUUGGCUGCCGUAUAUCGACUUGGUGCAAGUCGGUGUAAUCGACCCGAUGCAUGUGUUGCUCCAAGGAUUAACCACACUCAUUUAUUAUAACUGGAUUGAAGGAGGCAAGCAGGCUAAGAACAAGCGGAUGUCCAUGCUACGAGAGGACACAGACAGGGGAACACAUAGGGAGAUGCACGAGCUGCACAAAUCACUCGCUACGGGAGAAGUACCCAGUGAAUCAGCGAGGCUGCCCCAACGUGUAGGCAAGCCGGCCGGUGGCCAUCUCACCUCCGACAAAUGGAAGGCUCUCGCAGUUCUGUUUGGGCUGGCAGCCCUCCCUCCCAUACUCCUCAAGACAAGCGAGCGAACGCAUCCCAAGAUUGCCUCCGACUACCUGAAGUUCGUGGUCACACUGAAGAUCUUCACCCGGCGUGAGAUAAGCUCGGCCAACAUAGUGUGAGCGGAGAAGCUCUAUGUUGAAUUCUUCAAGGAGUAUGCUGAGAUAUAUGGAGAAGUGAACAUAACCCCCAGCUUCCAUUGGGUGACCCAUAUGGGUGAGCAAGUUCGCCGGUUCGGACCGGUUCACGGCUUUUGGACUUUCAUGUUUGAAAGACUGAACAAGCUGCUGAAGGGGGUGGAGGUAGGUACGCUCGCCAACGUCGUCGUGCACGCCCAGCGAGAAGUUCAAGAGCUCAUCGAACUCGAGAAGUCGCCGGUGCAUGGAACUGCCUACAAUAGACGACUCGAUUCUACCAUGCAAGAUAAACUCCUUGCUUGGUAUCACCGGCAAUACCCAGACCAAGCACUCUUCAAAGCCACAGAUGCCAAGGCGCUUCCUGGCAGUCUCUACCUCGUGCUGCAAGCCACUCACUACCCUCAGCUCCGAGUGGGCAGCUACAAGCUGUACGCGACGGAGGUGGAUCGGCCUAAUAAAAGUAAUGCUCUCAUGCAAAUAUGUUUUGAGAGGAGGGUACAGUGGGUUGGGGAGCUGUGUGACAUCUUCCAGCACAUGCAACCCGGAAUAGGCAAGUGUCUGACUUUUGCUCUGGUCGACUGGCUAGUUCCUUUGCAAGACCUCCCGUCCUAUGCCGACCUGUACCAUCCAUAUCCUGAACUCGAGGUGGACUUCUGGGAGCCCGGUCAAUACUUGCAAGAUACUGAAUGGGCUCCCCCGGCGCUGAUUCUUGCUGAGGAUAUCUGCGGGGUUGCUGCUCGGUGCACGAUGGAGUUCGAAGGCAGGAGGAUGUGGAUAACCACGGGAAUGAGCAAGGAUGGAAAGAGCUUGUAAGAAAAGAGGACAUAUAGCUAUGUUGUUUUGAGGAAUUUGUCCGUAUCUGGGAGCUUAUAUGAUUACCGAGCGAAUAGGCACGAGUAAGUGUAUGUAUUGUGUUCAAAGCACUGUCGAUAUCUCGCUCCUCAAUGUGAGACAUCGUCAACCUGGUCAUCCCCAUCAAGAGCUCAUUGGUCAUGAGAGCGGGAUAACCAGGGCGGCAAUCCCAUCCCUGGUAGUUGGGAAGUUCUUUGGUCACCCAUUCGGGAUCAAGCAUGAAGUCCCACGGGAUGACGUGGGGCAAGCUCUGGAAGGUACGUCCAAGAUUGAUACACUUGUAUUCGCAGGCACAAGUGCAGUGGCCACCGCCUGGAUUGACCCUCGGCUUGUUCUUGAGAAGCUCCA